AACCCGCGGCCCCAGCAGACGUCCCCGCGCUGCCUCUUCUGUGUGCUGCGGAUCUACGAGCCGUGUGAUGCCGAGGCCCUGUCAUGUGACACCCGCUUGUCCAACUCACACUUCCGCUGCUGCGUGAGAAGAAGAAAAGUUGGCUGGAAUCCGGGAGAAGUUUGCUGCCGCUCGGUCCGACGCCACGAACGUUCCCUCGCGUUUAUGAAGAGUCCGCCGCCGCGUAGAGGAGCAGAAGGACGGUGACUAAUCCAACAUGUCGACGAGCGCCUUGUACAACGACCAGGGAGGAGCGGAGGCUGCGGUGGAAGCGGGGCAGGAGAGCACCCCGACCUCCUCCGGCUCCGGUGCUGCCUUCGGACUGUUCAGCACCGACUUCAAAAAGAAUGAAGACCUCAAAGAGAUGUUGGAAAGCAACAAGGAGUCGCUCAAACUUGAGGCCAUGAAAAGGAUCGUUGGGCUGAUUGCCAAAGGGAAAAAUGCAUCGGAGCUGUUUCCUGCUGUUGUGAAGAACGUCGCGAGUAAGAACAUAGAGCUUAAGAAGCUCGUAUACGUCUACCUGGUGAGGUACGCAGAGGAGCAGCAGGACCUGGCUUUACUUUCCAUCAGCACGUUCCAGAGGGCCCUGAAGGACCCAAACCAGUUCAUCCGGGCCAGUGCACUGAGGGUUUUGUCCAGUAUCCGUGUCCCCAUAAUUGUCCCCAUCAUGAUGCUCGCCAUAAAGGAGGCCGCAGCCGACCUGUCCCCGUAUGUCAGGAAGACUUCUGCCCAUGCUAUCCAGAAGCUCUACAGCCUGGAUCCAGACCAGAAGGAGCAGUUGAUUGAAGUGAUAGAGAAACUAUUGAAAGAUAAAAGCACGCUGGUGGCCGGCAGCGUGGUGAUGUCCUUCGAGGAGGUGUGUCCAGAUCGCAUUGACCUGAUCCAUAAGAACUACAGAAAACUGUGUAACCUGCUGGUGGAUGUGGAAGAGUGGGGCCAGGUUGUCAUCAUCUCCAUGCUGACCCGCUAUGCCAGGACUCAGUUCGUCAGUCCCUGGAAAGAGGGUGCCAUGUUUGAUGAGGACAACGAAAAGGCGUUCUAUGACUCUGACUCUGAGGAGAAGAAAGACCAGACGGAGGCCAAGCCUUAUAUCAUGGAUCCAGAUCACAGACUGCUGCUGAGGAACACCAAACCUCUACUGCAGAGCAGGAACACUGCUGUGGUGAUGUCUGUUGCUCAGCUCUACUGGCAUCUGGCCCCUAAACAUGAAGUUACCAUUGUCACCAAGUCACUGGUCCGACUGCUAAGAAGCCACAGAGAGGUGCAGUACAUCGUGCUUCAGAACAUCGCCACUAUGUCCAUUCAGAGAAAAGGGAUGUUUGAACCCUACAUGAAGAGCUUCUAUGUCCGGUCUACAGAUUCCACACAUAUCAAAACACUGAAGUUGGAGAUCCUGACCAACCUCGCCAAUGAAGCCAACAUCUCCACUAUAUUGAGAGAGUUCCAGACCUAUGUGAAGAGUCAGGACAAGGCGUUUGCGGCAGCCACAAUUCAGGCCAUUGGCAGGUGUGCCACCAACAUCUCUGAGGUGACAGACACCUGUCUCAACGGUCUGGUUCUGCUCCUUUCCAACAGAGAUGAGAUUGUGGUGGCCGAGAGCGUUGUGGUGAUCAAGAAGUUGCUUCAGACUCAGCCCACCCAGCACAGCGAGAUCAUCAAGCACAUGGCCAAUCUCUUUGACAACAUCUCUGUCCCCAUGGCCCGAGCCAGCAUCCUGUGGCUGAUGGGAGAAUACUGCGAGAGGGUGCCGAAGAUUGCACCCGAUGUUCUGCGGAAGAUGGCAAAGACGUUCACAGUGGAGGAAGACAUUGUCAAGCUGCAGAUUGUCAAUCUAGCAGCCAAACUUUACCUGACCAACUCUAAACAGACCAAGCUGCUGACCCAGUACAUCCUAAAUCUCGGCAAAUACGACCAGAAUUAUGACAUCAGAGACCGAACGCGCUUCAUAAGACAACUCAUAGUCCCCAGCGAGAAGAGUGGAGCCCUCAACAAGUAUGCUCGUCGCAUCCUACUGGCCCCCAAACCAGCUCCUGUGCUUCAGUCUGCCUUCAAAGAUCGAGACCGUUACCAACUGGGAACUCUCUCCCACAGUCUCAAUAUCAAAGCGACGGGAUACCAGGAGCUUUCGGACUGGCCGGCUGUUGCUCCUGACCAGUCUGUGAGGAACGUGGAGGUCAUUGAGCCAGUGAAAGAGUGGGCGCCAUUAGUUGGGAAGUCCAAGAAAUCCAAAUCGGAUGACAAGUUCUACUCAGACGAUGAGGAUGAGAAAGAAGAGGAAGGAUCAGAUGGCAGUGGCAGUGAAGACAGCAGCAGCAGCAGCAGUAGCAGCAGUAAUGAAUCUGGCAGUGAGAGUGAGGAGGAAAGCAGUGAAGAGUCAGAAAAGACCUCCACUGAUUCUGGAAAGAGUUCAAGUGGAUCUGAUGAGAGCUCCAGUGAAUCUGAAUCAGAACAAAAUAAGAAGAAGAAAACGACCAAGAAGGUGCUGCAGAAGAAAAGCAAGCCAGCUGCUGCUCACAGUGAGUCAGAUGAAAAUGGUAACGGACCUAUAGCCAAUGCCAGCAGCUCAUCAGCUGAAAGCUCCUCCGGCUCAGAGACUGAGUCUGACGACGACUCUGACUCAGACUCCCCCGCAGUGCAGAAGAAGAAGAGUGACGUGAAGUCCAAACCCAAGGUGGAAGGGAAGUCCAAGAAGGAAGUCUCUCUACUGGAUCUUGAUGACUUUUCUCCAGCAGCAACAACCAAUGCACCAAAGUCUGCAGUCAUCUCCUCGAGCCUGCUGUCCGACCUCGAAGGCCUGUCCCUGUCCAACGUUUCCCCCACCAUACAGGUCACCACGCCAUCUUUCGGCCCAGUGAAAACCUAUGAGCUGCUUCACCACAUGACGGGAAAGGGUCUCUCUGCCAAGUACCACUUCUCGAGGCAGCCUUGUCUGUACCAGCCCAGUAUGGUGGCGGUGCAGGUCAUACUGACCAACAGCUCGGAUCACAGCCUGGAGGAGAUCCAUAUAGGAGACAGAAACCCUGCGAGCCUGAACGUCCACUGCUUUAACACCAUCGAGCGACUGGAGCCAGAGGCCUCAGUGACGGUUUCCAUGGGUAUUGACUUCAGCGACUCGACGCAAGCAGCCAACUUCCAGUUGUGCACCAAGGAGGACCAGUUCAGUGUGUCCAUCCAGCCGGCUGUAGGAGAGCUGUUUAUGCCCAGUACCAUGGCAGAAGAGGACUUCUGUAAGGAGCAAGGUAAACUCCUGGGCAUGAAUGAGACCUCGGAAACCAUCACCAUGGCAACAGCAAACACCUCCAGCCAGACCAUCAGCAAACAUGUCCUGUCUGUGGCCAACGUUGGAGUGGUGUCGUCCAGCCAGAACGUCCACAGGUUUGCUGGGCGGACGGUCAGCAGUGGAGCCCUGGUCUUGGUGUCGCUGGAGAUGAAGGAAUCCUCCUGUGCCCUGCUUACGAUCAACACAGAGAAGAGCGUCAUGGCGUCCAUGUUGCUCCGAGACCUCAAACAAGCCCUCGCCCAAGCAUAGAGCGCACCCUUGCCUCGCCCCCCGCUCCUGCCAGGUUCUUGUAGUAAAGGUAAAGGGGGAGGAAACUUAAUACAAUAUUUCAUACGUUUUAUUUCUGUGGUUUGGGACGAUUUUGGAGUCCUAAGGCCUGAGACUGAAGAGCUAGAGCUUGAGCUUGUGUGCUCACAGACAAUGAGCGAUCAGCGAUUUUCAGUUGUAUGGUCCGUCACUUUGGAAAGGAUUGUCCUCAACCACAGGAAUAACUUUGUGAAAGCAUUGAAUUAGGUGUUGAUCCUCUUUAAAACACACAGAAGACAUCAUAGAUGUGAUAUUACCUUUUUAAAAAUGGGACACUGCCCUCAACUAUUCUGUUCAUCCAACUUUGUCCUUCAGAAGUCGCACCUAAACAUGACACUCCUCCAUCACGAGAAUGUCACGCCACCUGGUGAUAUUUGUGCAUGAGGCAGUGAUGAUCUUUGUUUUUUAGUGCCAAGAGAAGCAGAGUAGCAGUGCCAACCCGAGUGAACAUUGUCAUACAUUUAUAAGCCUUUAUAAACCAAACUAGUCCCUGAGCCUGUUACAGUUUUACAUUCCAACCUUAAAACUGCCCGAAACCACAUUCGUCAAAGUGCCUUUCACAUGAAAAUAAUGUUAUUUAGAAUACCAAACAUAGAGAUUAGACGUAAAUCAACAAGGUCUUUUUAUUUGUAUCGCCUUUGCUGAAUAAAAAAAAAAGUGAACUUAAA